AUGACUGCUUCCAAAUUGGCCCCUUUGGUCAAUGCCAUUAAAGAAAACAAGAAGGUCACCUUCUUCACGGGUGCCGGAACUUCCACCAGUGCUGGGAUUCCUGACUUCAGAAGUCCCAAGACAGGAUUGUAUGCCAAUCUAGCCAAGCUCAAUCUUCCGUAUGCGGAGGCUGUCUUUGACAUCGACUACUUCAGAGAGAACCCAGGUGCAUUCUAUACGCUUGCAUCAGAACUCUACCCGGGAAACUUCCCUCCCACCAAAUUCCACUACUUGAUAAGGUUGUUGCAGGACAAGAAACUAUUGAAGAGAGUGUACACCCAGAACAUCGAUACGUUGGAAAGGCUUGCUGGUGUGGAUGAGGACUACUUGGUCGAAGCACACGGUUCGUUCGCUAAGAACCACUGCAUUGACUGCUCUGAAGCAAUGUCGACUGACGAACUCAAAAAGCAGAUGAACAAUAAAGAAGUCAACAAGGGUAUCCCCACUUGCGCCAAAUGUAAGGGUCUUGUCAAACCCGACAUUGUUUUCUUUGGCGAAGGCUUACCCGAGAGAUUCUUCAAGUUGUGGGCAGAGGAGGCUGACGACGUUGAGAUUGCUAUUGUAGCUGGUACGUCACUUACCGUCUAUCCCUUUGCAAGUUUGCCAGGAGAAGUUGACAAGAAGGCCUUGAGAGUUUUGGUCAACAAUGAGUUGGUAGGUGCAUUUAAAGCCAAAAAGAGGAAGUCUGAUAUCUGGGUCAAAGAAUGUGACAAGUUUGCUGAAGACUUAUGUGCUGAACUUGGUUGGAGCGACCAGUUGGAAGCAUUGGUCAAACAAACCAAGGAUGUUUCUGAAGAAAAAGAGCCAGUGCAAGACGAUCAGAAACAGAAGGCCACACCAUUAUCGAGUGGCGAAGAGGCGGAAAAGAUAGCUCAAGAAAUUGAUUCAGAAUUAGAGGAGUAUACUGACGCUUUGGAAUCCUUAGAUGAAGAGGUUAGUAAGCUUAAGAUAUGA